UCUGGAAACCCUGCUUGGCUAAACCCUUCCUGGGCGCCCGGAACACCGGCCGCGGAGGUAGUGAAACGGCAGGAACUUUAACACCCCGCAGUGGCGCCCAGCCAGCAUAAUUUUUGGCCCGAGCCACUUCUCGUACUCAGGAAACUUUGUCCCUCACAGACAGCCAGGUCUGGAGGUCGGCCCGCGGGAGGGACACGCCGCCCAUGCUCUCUGCCGCCAGAAGGGCUCUCCAGCUCCUCUCCAGCCCCAUCCCGGCAACGAGGAUGGGCGACUCUGCUUCGAAGGUCAUCAGCGCGCAGGAAGCCUCCAAACACCAUGUCAGUGGCAACAGAACGGUUGAACCUUUCCCAGAGGGAACACAGAUGGCUGUAUUUGGAAUGGGCUGCUUCUGGGGGGCUGAGCGCAAGUUCUGGCUCUUGAAAGGAGUGUAUUCAACCCAAGUGGGCUUUGCAGGAGGCUACACACGCAAUCCCACCUACAAAGAAGUCUGCUCAGAAAAAACCGGCCAUGCAGAAGUCGUCCGGGUUGUGUACCAGCCAGAGCACAUCAGCUUUGAGGAACUGCUCAAGGUCUUCUGGGAGAAUCACGACCCGACCCAAGGGAUGCGCCAAGGCAAUGACUAUGGCACCCAGUACCGAUCGGCAGUCUAUCCCACCUCCAAAGCACAGAUGGAAACAGCCCUGAGAUCCAAGGAGGAAUACCAGAAGGUUCUUACAAAGCAUGGCUUUGGCCCCAUCACCACUGAUGUCCGAGAGGGACAGGAGUUCUACUAUGCUGAAGACUACCACCAACAAUACCUGAGCAAGAAUCCGGAUGGCUACUGUGGCCUUGGAGGCACUGGGGUGUCCUGCCCAAUGGGCGUUAAAAAAUAAUUUCUCCCCAUGAUGCUGGCCCUGGAGGUUCCCGAAAACCAUGAUUGCUGGAUGGAGUGGCACCGUUGUGACUCACAUCAGUCAAUUUCAAAAGCACGCACACACCACACGGGCAUUUACAUGAUCUGUUUGUGAUUGGGGUUUGAUUUACAGGAAGUGCUAUGACAAGCUGAUGAAUUGUAAUUUGUCUUCUGAGUCCGGGUGGGGGUAGAACAUGACAUUUCAGUGGAUCAUUUGGGAUCUAAAUGGAGAUAAUGAAUGCCUUGUGUUCAUCUGCUUGGGCUCGAAGGGAUGCUAAAGGUUCUGAAGCAGGGAGAUGGUUGGGAGGGCACAGGGUACUGGGACUCCUUGGUCUGUGCAGACAUACCUCACCCACUCCCCUGCCCUCAGGUGCCUGAUUCAUUAAUGCCUGCAGGCUCCAUGAAUCAUUUGCUAAAACACUUUGUUCUGCCGACCCUAGAUGUGUGUAAGGGCUUUCUCUCCCUCCUCCAUCCCCUCUCUGUGUGGAGAAAAGACAUGAGUGACCUUAAUGAAUUCUAACAUUCUGCUUACAGCUAUGAAAAAGCUUGUUCUAAUAAAAAAUCUGUAGUUUGGUAGUAGCAA